AUGUUUAUUUCCCUAACAAUUGUAGCAAAGAAAAGAUGUAAUAAACAUUUUCGGGAUUCCUUUUUCAUAAAUAAUAUAUUAAAGCGUAAUUUACUACUUAACAGUUUCUCCUAUAAUAGAUACAACUGUACAUCAUCCCAACGAUUAAUACCAUCUAAUCAAAUGGAGAAUAAUAAUACCUCUUUUGUAGCUGUAUAUGUUACAGCUCCGAGUAAGGAAGUUGCUGAAAAUAUUUCCAAUAUUUUGUUAAAAGAGAAGUUAGCUAGUUGCAUAAAUAUAAUUCCGGGUGUCCAUAGUAUGUAUCACUGGAAAGGAGAAAUAGCUCGGGACAACGAAGUCUUAAUGAUGAUUAAAACAAAAAAAAAUAUGUUCGACCAAAUUGUAUCCAUGGUAAAGUUAAAUCAUCCGUACGAGGUGCCAGAGGUUAUUGCUGUUCCAAUACAACAUGGGAGCAAAGAUUAUCUUGACUGGGUUUCAAAUUCGGUGAAGUCAGUGGAAAAUGAAAAAGAAAAGUAA